AUAAAUAUGUUUUUAUAACAGCUUACAAAUGCAAAACAAUAAAUUAGAAUUAUAAAUUUAUAAUGUAAAUUAUAAUAUAAAUUUAUACUGUAAUUGAUAUUAAUCACAGAUAUCAAUUACAAUUUAAGAAUGCUCAAAAUCAACAAGCGUAAAAAUUGUGGAUAUAUGAAACGUUACAUGAAAAAUUAUCGGGCUAGGUCAAAUUUAUUAGCAGAAAUGUUAAACACUGAUACAUUGGUUGCUAAUAAAAAGCUUUUAAACAUUAAAGAUCAUUUGGAUAGUGACAAUACCAGUGAGAAUGAAGAAUUCAAUAGUCCUGAUACAUAUAAAGAUGAAGAUUCAAAUAGUAUGCAAAAUGAUACUGCUUCUCUGCAUCUGUAUGAUGAAGAAUGUAUUUUAGAACCAGAUGAUGUUAGCCCUGUAUCUUCAAGUGAAGAUGAAAUUAAAAUUACUUUUAAAGAAACAACAUUUGAAUUUUUAACAAAGCUUGCACAAUGGGCUAUUGAAUCUAGAUUGCCACGCGAAAAAAUUAAUGAUCUUCUGAAGAUCUUGGAUAAUUGUGGGAGGUUCAACAAAGGUGACAUCCCAAAAGAUGCUCGUGCCUUAUUACACACUCCUCGAACUGUUAACACCGUGCAAACGUCUGGUGGUCAUUUUGCUUAUUUUGGUUUAGAAAAAAGUUUAAUUCAAAAGAUUCUUUCUCUACCUUUUAUUUUCAAAGAUCGAACAGUUUUAAAAUUAAAUAUUAAUAUUGAUGGGGUUCCUAUUCAUCGUUCAAGUAAUCUCCAAUUUUGGCCUAUUUUAUGUGCUUUCCAUGGUAUUAAUACAACUCCAUUUGUAAUAGCUAUAUUUAGUGGUUAUAGAAAACCAUUAAACAUUAAUGAAUAUUUAGAGCAGUUUAUUGAUGAAAUCAACUUUUUGCAGAAAAAUUCUAUGGUGGUUGAUGGCAAGAUAUAUGAAAUAAAGCUUAAUGCAUUUAUUUGUGAUGCUCCUGCCAGAGCUUUUGUUAAAUGUGUAUCAGGCCAUACCUCAAAGCAAGGAUGUGAAAGAUGCACUUGUGAAGGCCAAUCUGUAGAAAGAAGAAUAAUUUUUUCGAAUGCAGGCGAAUGUAGAACAGAUUCUUUAUUUCGGUUAGGACAAUAUCCUAAGCAUUACUUAAGUAAAAGUCCUGCUCUUAAUAUUGAUCAUUUUGAUGUUAUUAAAGGUUUUCCAUUAGAAUCAAUGCAUUUAUUGUUUCUUGGGGUUUGCAGGAGAUAUUUAUAAAUAAAGCUGACGUUUAUAAAAAACUGUAUGCAAUGAAGUAUGGCGAUGACGGUUUGCUCUUUGUUCCAGUUCUUCACAAAAAUGAAUGCAAACAAUAGUUCAAUUGUAUUUAGUUUUUAGUUAAUUCAAAAAAAAAAUUUCAUUGUUACAA